AUGCUCGUAAUGUCUUUUACGAAUUUGUAGUGAUGGUGGCUGGCUUCCUUGCAAACAUAGCAUCAUAAAUUUCUACAUAUUUCUUAAAAAUCUUAAAUAUUUGAUCGAUAAACGAUCCAAAUAAUAGUGUAUUAAGUGUUUUAGAAGUUCCAUAACAUAAAGAGAUGAGUUCGAGCGUAUGCUAUAAGUGCAACAGGAAGGGGCACUUCGCCCGCGAGUGCACGCAGAGCGGUGUCGGAGCGCUAGACGCCGGCUUCAACCGACAGCGGGAGAAGUGUUUCAAAUGUAACCGCACCGGCCACUUCGCCAGGGACUGCAAGGAGGAGGCCGACCGUUGCUAUAGGUGUAACGGCACCGGGCACAUAGCGCGGGAGUGCGCGCAGAGCCCCGACGAGCCGUCGUGCUACAACUGCAACAAGACCGGGCACAUCGCGCGGAACUGCCCCGAGGGCGGGCGGGACAACUCCAACCAGACCUGCUACAACUGCAACAAGACCGGCCACAUCUCGCGCAACUGUCCCGACGGCACCAAGACCUGCUACGUGUGCGGCAAGCCGGGCCACAUCUCGCGCGACUGCGACGAGGCCGACAGGAACUAACCCCGGCCGUCCUCCGCCCACGCACACUACGACCAGAUCACUAUGUAUAUUAUGAUACCACGCACGGACCGUAAGCAAAGGACGCGAUACGCGACACUAGACUCUAACACCGCAGAAUGUAUGAAAUUAAUGAAACGGAAUUAUGAGACAGAGUAGAUGCAGCGACGGCGUUCUCGACGGAGACUGAGGACUGUUGUAUUGUAUUAAAUGUUGACUUGUAUAUAGUCGCCGGCCGCGAUACGUUCAUGUUUGUUCUUGCACGUGAAGUUGUGUUUUGAAUCAUUUAAAUAAUCGUGAUUGAACUAUUGAUGAGGUAGCGUUACAGUUUUUAGCAUUACAGAGUAUAUAUUUAAUAUAUUUUGUACAGAUUUAUUUGUCAAAAGAUAAAUUGGAUGCUGGCGUAAGAUGAGUUUUCAAUGAGAGGAGAUGGAGGCCCCGGAGCAACCGAUCCCUUUAAGACUCUUGUUCGUCUUGUUGUUGUUAGUGGACAGUAGAUGUCGCUUCACCGGUCUCAAACCACACCUGACACUAUUGUGAUAAUUUGAUUUUUUUUCUAUCAAUUCCUUUGUUUAUGAAGUCCUGCUGACUUGUGGAGAAUUCAGUGGUUAAUUAGAAUUUCAUCAAUCAGUAUAUUUUUUAUUUUGUUAUCCCUAACGAUGUGCCUAUGUACACUUUAAUGUAAAAUAUCAGCUUGCAGUGGGAGAUAAUAAACAUCUUGCCUUAUUUU